AUGGCGCAGCUGCCGACGCGCCGCUUUUUCCACGCGGUGCUCGCCGACUCGCAGUUCCUGGUGCGCAAGCUCGAGCUGCGGCUCGACCCGGCGCAGUACCACACCGACGCCAAGGCGAUGGCUGACGGGACGGGUGCAGACGUCUACCAGUCGUUCAACGUGCUGCUGCGGCGCAAGCCAAAGGAGAACAACUUCAAGGCCAUCCUCGAGGCGAUCCGCGAGCUGCUCACUACGCCGCUCGCCACGCCGCCCUGGCUGCACGACGUGCUGCUGGGCUACGGCGACCCGGCCGCCGCCGCGUACUGGUCCCUGCCCGCCGACCAGCGCGUCACGAAGCACGACUUUGCCGAUACCUUCCUCGACCUCGACCACGUCCGCGCCUCCUUCCCCGGCUGCGACGUCCGCCUCGCGCCCGACGGGGCGGACGGCGGCGCGGACCCGCCGCCGCCGUACCGCCUCACCAUCCCGCAUGAGGUGCCGCGUGGAGGUGGCGCCGCGCCCGGCGUCGAGGCCGGCGAGGGCGAGGCCGGCGAGGGCGAGGCCGGCGAGGGCGAGGGCGGCGAGCGACCGGUAGUGUUGGUCGAGCCGUACGAGCGGCGCGCCGCGGGGCCGUACCCGCAGGACGCGCUGCGCGUCAACCCCGUCCGCUUCACGCCGAUGCAAGUCGAGGCGCUGCGCGCCGCAAUGAGCGCGGGCCUCUCGCUGGUCGUCGGCCCGCCGGGGACGGGCAAGACGGACACCGCCGUGCAGGCCGUCUCCAACCUGCUCCACGCCUACCCGCGCCAGCGCACGCUCGUCAUCACCCACUCGAACCAGGCCCUCAACGACGUCUUUGAGAAGCUGCUGCUGCGCGACGAGCUGCUGGCGACGGAGCGAGACUUCAGCCGGCGCGGCCGCGUCAACUACAUGCUCGGCCGGAGGCUCGAGCUGCUCGCGCGCGUCGAGGCGCUCGCAAAGUCGCUCGACGUGCCCGCCGACGUCGGCUACACCUGCGAGACGGCGGGCUACUUCUUCAAGGCGACGGUCGCGCCGCGGUGGGAGGCGUUCGAGGCGGAGGCGCGGCGCGCGGGCGACGAGGAGGGGGCCGUCGAGCGCCACUUCCCCUUCUCCGACUUCUUCGCCGACACGCCCUCGCCGCUGUUUGCGCCCGCCGCCAGCGGCGCGGCGCACCUCGACGCGGCGCGCGGCGCGUGGCGGCACGUGGAGCUCGAGGAGUGCCGCGCCUUCGAGCUGCUCCGCUCCUCGUACGACCGCGGAAACUACCUGCUCACCAAGCACGCAAAGGCGGUGGCG